AAACACUACAAUAACGAAAGUGCAGAAACAGAUGAAAACACUCACUCCACUCACCAAAUUUUCUUACACUCAUUGUACAAACUGGACCAAACCAUGAGUUUUCUCAGUUCUCACAGACAUGAGGAUUGCUUUGACAUCGCCCACAACACUAACCUUAAACAUCCUCCAAACAGACACUCGUGCAGUUGCCAACUACUACGCCGCCGCUCUCCACCUAUGUUUCCACCAAAUCCCCACCUCGUACUCUCUCACUCGCACUGUCCACGCUCACAUGAUCACUUCCGGCUUCAACCCACGUGGCCACAUUCUUAACCGCCUUAUUGAUAUUUACUGUAAAUCUUCUAAUUUAUUUUAUGCCCUCCAUCUGUUUGAUAAUAUUCCCCAACCAGAUAUUAUUGCGAGAACUACUUUAAUCACUGCACAUUCAGCUGCUGGGAAUACCAAGAUUGCGAAAGAGAUUUUUGAUGGAACCCCAUUAAGUAUGCGGGAUAGAGUUUGUUAUAAUGCUAUGAUUACUGCGUAUUCGCAUAGCUGUGAUGGAAAUGCUGCUAUGGAGUUGUUUCGUGAAAUGAGGUUGUUGGGUUUUCAGCCUGAUAAUUACACUUUCACGAGUGUGUUGAGCGGUUUGGCGCUUAUUGCGGAUAGGGAAACGCAUUGUCAGCAGCUACAUUGUGUUGUUUUGAAGUCGGGGACGGGGUUUGUUACUUCUGUGGUGAAUGCGCUUAUUUCUGUUUAUGUUAAGUGUGCGUCUUCGCCAUUAGUGGUGGCAUCGUCGUUGAUGAGUUCUGCUAGGAGGUUGUUUGAUGAGAUGCCUGUUAAGGAUGAGUUGUCGUGGACAACGAUUAUUACAGGGUAUGUAAAGAAUGAUGAUCUUGAUGGUGCAAGACAGGUUUUUGAUGGGAUGGAUGUAAAGUUGGUGGUAGCUUGGAACUCCAUUAUAUCUGGUUAUGUGCAUAAAAGUUUUCUGCAUGAGGCAUUAAGAAUGUUUAGGGAGAUGCAUUUGUUAGGAAUUAAGCAAGAUGAGUUUACAUAUACAAGUGCGUUUAGUGCUUGUUCUGAUGGUCGAUUUUACCGUCUUGGGAAGCAAUUGCAUGGCUACAUUAUAAGAACCGAAAAUUGUCCUUCACAGGAAUUUUUGAUAUCUGUUAAUAAUUCAUUAAUUUCAUUCUAUUCAAAGUGUGGUAUGGUUGAUGAUGCUAAGAAGAUUUUUGAUAAGAUGGAGGUGAGAGACCUUGUAUCAGGGAAUGCAGUUUUGUCAGCUUAUGUUAAUGCAGGGCGAAUUAACGAAGCUAGAUCCAUCUUCAGUAAAAUGCCUGAGAGAAACCUUUUGACAUGGACUGUUAUGAUAUCAGGUUUUUCACAAAAUGGAUUUGGUGAGGAAGGUAUAAAACUAUUCAACCAAAUGAGGUCAAAUGGCUUAGGACCAUGUGACUAUGCAUAUGCAGGAGCUAUUACAUCUUGUUCUGUGAUAGCAGCAUUGGAGCAUGGACGUCAGCUCCAUGCUCAACUUAUCCAGUCUGGUUUUGAUUCCAGUCUCUCAGCUUCAAAUGCGCUAAUUACCAUGUAUGCAAGGUGCAGUGUUAUUGAGGAUGCAUCCCUUGUUUUUCAUACCAUGUCUUGUGUAGAUUCAGUUUCUUGGAAUGCUAUGAUUGCAGCUUUAGGACAGCAUGGGAAGGGUGCUCAAGCACUGGAGCUUUUUAAUCAGAUGUUGAAGGAAGAAAUUUUACCUGAUCGCAUAACCUUCCUCACUAUUCUUUCAGCUUGCAGCCAUGCAGGGCUUGUUAGAGAAGGAAGACACUAUUUUGAUUCAAUGCACGACUUAUAUGGUAUAACCCCCGGUGAAGAUCAUUAUGGACGUCUAAUUGAUCUAUUGUGCCGAGCUGCAAUGUUUUCUGAAGCGAAAGAUGUGAUUGAUAUGAUGCCUUUUGAGCCAGGUGCUCCAAUUUGGGAGGCUCUUCUCUCUGGUUGCCGGCUUCAUGGAAACGUUGAUCUAGGGGCCGAAGCAGCAGAACGAUUGUUGGAGCUGACUCCUCACCAUGAUGGAACUUAUGUGCUUUUGGCAAACAUGUAUGCCACUGCAGGGAGGUGGGAUGAGAUGGCCAAGGUGCGAAAGUUGAUGAGGGACAGAGGUGUGAAGAAGGAGCCUGGUUGCAGCUGGAUUGAGGUGGAAAACAGUGUUCACGUGUUCUUGGUUAAUGAUAUUGAGCACCCUGAGGUCCAAGGAGUGUACGAGUAUUUGAAGGAGCUGCUUCCAAAGAUGAAGAAAUUAGGAUAUGUCCCGGAUACUAAGUUUGCAUUGCAUAUUACGGAGUCUGAACAGCAGGAGAGUAAUUUAUCCACACACAGUGAAAAGCUUGCAGUUGUGUUUGGGCUUCUGAAACUUCCCGUUGGAGCCACAGUUAGAGUAUUUAAGAACCUGAGAAUCUGUGGGGACUGCCACAACGCAUUCAAGUUCAUGUCAUUGGUAGUUGGAAGAGAGAUUGUUGUGAGGGAUGGUAAGAGAUUUCACCAUUUUAAAGAGGGUCAGUGUUCUUGUGGUAAUUACUGGUGAUAAAAGCAAUUGCUACGACCAAUGUCGACCAUCCAAGGCUCAAAAGAGGAACAACAGUUAGGGUAUGGUUUGGUUUUGUUACCAAAAACAAACUUAGCUAUAAAUCAUGUCAAAAUCAGUAAACUUC